AUGAAGUUCCAGUGCCUCGCUGCCAGCGUUCUAUUCGCGUCUUCUACUCUGGGCGCAGUCAUCAAGCGCGAACAGUUCAGUAAAGGCCAGCCCAUUGACGACAAGGGCAAAGGCGCUCCAAUCUUAGGAGGGACUGAUCGCCAAAUCGAUCUCGACAACCCAUCAAACUUGGGCGAACAAAGCACCGACUCGGGCACAGUGCCCAACCUCAAAUGGCGCUUCGGCGACUCCAAAACGCGAAUCUUUCCAGGUGGAUGGGUGCGUGAGCAAGUUGACAACGACUUACCUGCAAGUCACGACAUUGCCGCUGCGCAACAGCAUCUUAAAAAGGGUGCGAUUCGCGAGUUGCACUGGCAUCGCGUGGCAGAAUGGGGCCAGGUCCUCUUCGGUCGCGUCCUUGUCUCCGCCGUUGAUGAAAAUGGUCGACACCAAGUAACCGAACUUGGAUUUGGCGACAUCUGGUAUUUCCCCAAGGGGCAGGCGCACACAGUGCAAGGCUUGGACGACGAGAACGAAUAUCUUCUCGCAUUUGAUGAUGCAGAUUUUGACAGAGCUGGCACAACGUUCAAUCUGGCAGACUGGCUCGUCAAAACCCCGCGCGCACUCCUUGCCAAGUCUUUCGGCCUCCCCGAAUCCGUCUUCGCUUCUCUCCCGUCUCCCAACCCGUAUAUCCAGAACGGCACCACCACAAAAUACGCCAACGUGACCGGCGGCAACGGAGAACUCACUGGCGACGCGUCGUACGUGUACCGCACAUUCCAACACGCGCCCGAGCCUGCGCCCGGCGGCGGCGGCCAGUGGUGGAAGAUCGACAGCACGAACUUCCCGAUUGCGAAGACGAUUGCGUCGACGUAUGUCACUAUCGAGCCGAAGGGCGUGAGGGAGUUGCACUGGCAUCCGACCAGCGAAGAGUGGCUGUACUUCCACUCAGGCACUGCGCGCGCCACCGUCUUCACCGGAAACAGCAACGCGCGCACGUUCGACUUCAAAGCUGGUGACACGGCCGUUUUUCCUGAUAACGCCGGCCAUUAUAUUGAAAACACGUCCGCGACGCAGAAUCUUACGUUCAUCGAGAUCUACAAAUCCGACCGCGUGGCGGAUGUCUCGCUCACGCAGUGGCUUGCGCUCACCCCGGCGGAUAUUGUGGCGAGUGUGAUCAAGAUUCCGGUGGACGUGGUGUUGGAAUUGAAGAAGGAGAAACAGGUUAUUGUGCAUGGGUCGAAGUGA